CGACCGUCGAUUGGCCUCUCAAAGUGCCAGCCCUAAGUACAAAUUGAUGCUGUUAAUGACUACAAUUACUGUGUCUUCCAUAUAUUUCGCUAUCGCGCGGUCGAAUUCUCAGAGACCUCUCUUCACUUCGAUGGCUUCAGAGAGAAAGAGAAAGGUGAGUCUGUUCGACGUGGUAAGCGAAGAUGCCCUCGUGCCGAACAAGACGAAUUUCAGUGGACUACCUGGUGUUAAUCCAUGGAACAACAGACCCUAUUCUCAGAAAUAUUACGAAAUACUAGAGAAGAGGAAAACCCUUCCCGUCUGGCAGCAAAAGCAGGAGUUUCUUAACAUGCUAGACAAGUCUCAGACUAUGAUUCUCGUCGGAGAGACUGGCAGCGGUAAAACUACACAGAUUCCUCAAUUCGUGGUAGAAGCCGGGUAUACUGACAAUAGGAAGCAGAUUGCUUGUACCCAACCUCGCAGAGUGGCUGCCAUGUCUGUUUCUCGUCGUGUAGCAGACGAAAUGGAUGUGACAAUUGGGGAAGAAGUUGGAUAUAGCAUUCGUUUUGAAGAUUGCAGCAGUUCAAAAACUGUUUUAAAGUACUUGACAGAUGGUAUGCUUCUCAGAGAAGCAAUGACUGAUCCUCUUUUAGAGUGUUACAGAGUGAUAAUUCUGGACGAAGCACAUGAAAGGACAUUGGCUACAGAUGUUCUUUUUGGACUUCUUAAGGAAGUUCUCAAAAAUAGGUCCGAUUUAAAGCUUGUAGUUAUGAGUGCAACUUUGGAAGCUGAAAAAUUUCAAGCAUAUUUUAGUGGGGCCCCUCUUAUGAAAGUGCCUGGAAGAUUACAUCCUGUUGAGAUAUUUUACACUCAAGAACCUGAGAGGGAUUAUUUAGAAGCUGCAAUCAGGACAGUUGUCCAAAUACACAUAUGUGAACCUCCUGGAGACAUUCUUGUAUUUCUCACUGGGGAGGAGGAAAUAGAAGAUGCUUGUAGGAAAAUAACAAGGGAGGUACAGAAUUUGGGUGAUCAAGUCGGUCCUGUGAAAGCUGUUCCUUUGUACUCAACCCUUCCACCAGCCAUGCAGCAAAAGAUUUUUGAGUCAGCACCACCACCCAUAAAGGAGGGUGGUACUCCUGGGCGAAAAAUUGUUGUGUCCACCAACAUUGCUGAAACAUCUCUGACUAUUGAUGGAAUUGUAUAUGUGAUUGAUCCUGGAUUUGCAAAACAGAAAGUCUAUAAUCCUAGAGUACGAGUAGAAUCAUUGCUUGUUUCUCCUAUAUCAAAAGCAAGUGCACAUCAGAGAACAGGACGUGCUGGUCGUACACAGCCUGGGAAGUGCUUCAGACUCUACACAGAAAUAAGUUUUCAGAAUGACCUUCAGCCACAGACAUACCCUGAGAUUUUGAGAUCUAACCUUGCAAAUGUGGUUCUUACCCUUAAGAAACUAGGGAUUGAUGACCUGGUUCAUUUUGAUUUUAUGGAUCCUCCUGCUCCAGAAACUUUGAUGCGUGCAUUAGAGCUUUUAAACUAUCUGGGUGCUUUGGAUGAAGAUGGAAAUCUGACAAAACUGGGAGAGCUGAUGAGUGAGUUUCCACUGGAUCCACAGAUGUCCAAGAUGCUAGUCAUCAGCCCUGAGUUUAACUGCUCCAAUGAGAUUCUUUCUAUCACUGCUAUGCUUUCAGUCCCAAAUUGCUUUCUCCGGCCACGGGAGGCCCAGAAAGCUGCAGAUGAAGCAAAGACCUGUUUUGCACACAUUGAUGGGGAUCACCUGACGCUGCUGAAUGUUUAUCAUGCAUACAAGCAAAACAAUGAAGAUUCCACUUGGUGCUAUGAGAAUUUUAUAAAUUCAAGGGCAAUGAAGGUUGCUGACAAUGUGAGGCAACAACUAGUUCGCAUCAUGAUCAGAUACAAUCUUAAGUUGUGUAGCACUGAUUUUAAAAGCCAUGCUUAUUAUCUUAAUAUACGCAAGGCAAUGCUAGCAGGAUAUUUUAUGCAAGUGGCUCAUCUUGAGCGAACUGGACAUUAUCUUACAGUGAAGGACAAUCAGGUUGUGCAUUUGCAUCCAUCAACCUGUCUUGAUCACAAGCCAGAAUGGGUUAUAUAUAAUGAGUAUGUUUUGACAAGUAGAAAUUUCAUUCGCAUUGUCACUGAUGUCAAAGGAGAGUGGCUGAUAGAUGUUGCUCCUCAUUACUAUGAACUUAGCAACUUUCCCAAUUGUGAGGCAAAGCGUGUGCUGGAGAGGCUUUAUAACAAACGUGGAAGGGAGAGAUUGGAAAAGAAUCGGAGCAAGAAUAAGUCUUGAAUCAGCUUUUUAAGUUUGCAAUACUAUCUGUAUGUUUUCAAGAGAAGCUUUUAGAGGUCUUACAAAGUAUGUGUGAUUGAAACAAUCCCAACAUAUGAUUUGGGAUUUCUCCACCACAAAUAUUUAAGAAAUGCUGUUAUAUUUAGAGGAAAAGCUAUCUUAUAAUUCUAUGCAUGUUUAGAUGAUUAUUUCUUCACAAGUAUACCUGGAAAGGUUGUAGCUUCGUUUGUUGAGUGUUUAACAUUCAAGAAUCUAAACAAAAUAUUCUGCCAUGUCAGUUAUUCUUCUCUUUAUUUUUAAGAAAAUCUGAUUAUUAUUGACA